AUGCCUGUUAUGAAAGGAUUAUUAGCGCCACAAAACACCUUCUUGGAUACCAUAGCAACACGGUUUGAUGGGACACAUAGUAAUUUUAUCCUUGCAAAUGCUCAAGUGGCAAAGGGGUUCCCUAUAGUUUACUGCUCAGAUGGCUUCUGUGAACUCACUGGAUUUGCUCGCACUGAAGUUAUGCAGAAAAGUUGCAGCUGCAAGUUUUUAUAUGGUGCUGAAACAAAUGAGCAGAUAAUUCUUCAGAUCGACAAAGGUUUGGAUGAAAAGACAGAAUUCAAAGGAGACAUCAUGUUUUACAAGAAAAAUGGGAAUUCAUUCUGGUGCCUACUUGACGUUGUACCAAUUAAAAAUGAGAAAGGAGAUGUAGUUCUUUUUUUGGCAUCCUUCAAAGACAUAACUGUUACCAAAGUGAAAAUUGCCCAGGAGGAUAAAAAGGAAGAAAAAUACAAGGGAAGAGGAAAAGCCGGAACACACUUCAGUUCAGCUCGUAGGCGCAGCCGGGCUGUUCUUUAUCAUAUCUCUGGCCAUCUACAAAAGCGCGAAAAGAACAAAUUGAAAAUUAAUAAUAAUGUGUUCAGAAACAAACCAGCUCUACCAGAAUACAAGGUUGCAGAUGCAAAAAAGUCAAAAUUCAUCCUUUUGCAUUACAGCACUUCUAAAGCAUUGUGGGACUGGCUAAUAUUAUUAGCAACGUUUUAUGUUGCCGUGACUGUGCCGUAUAAUGUCUGUUUUAUUGGAAAUGAUGAAAACUUGCCUUCAGCAAGAAGCACAACAGUUAGUGACAUUGCAGUGGAAAUCCUGUUCAUCAUUGAUAUUGUUUUGAAUUUUCGAACAACAUAUGUCAGCAAGUCUGGUCAAGUUAUAUUUGAAGCUCGAUGUAUAUGUAUUCAUUACGUAACAACAUGGUUUAUCAUCGAUUUAGUUGCUGCACUUCCUUUUGAUCUUCUCUAUGCUUUCAACGUGAAUGUGGUUUCAAUUGUUCACCUUCUAAAAACUGUGCGCCUGUUACGUCUGUUAAGACUACUGCAGAAGUUGGACCGAUACUCUCAGCACAGCACAAUCGUUCUAACUCUGCUUAUGUCCAUGUUUGCAUUGUUGGCUCACUGGAUGGCAUGCAUCUGGUAUGUUAUUGGCAAGAUUGAAAUUGAGGGCAACGACCCACAUACAUGGGACAUUGGUUGGCUGCACGAACUGGGCAAACGUCUCGAAACUCCAUACUUUGACAAUAACACAAUGGGAGGACCUGGAAUCAGAAGUGCCUAUAUUGCUGCCCUUUACUUCACCCUCAGCAGCCUGACCAGUGUGGGAUUUGGAAAUGUCUCUGCCAACACUGAAGCAGAGAAGAUCUUUUCCAUCUGCACAAUGCUGAUAGGGGCAUUGAUGCAUGCACUGGUCUUUGGAAAUGUAACUGCUAUCAUUCAGCGCAUGUACUCUAGGUGGUCUCUGUAUCACCACAGAAUUAAAGAUUUAAAGGAUUUCAUCCGGGUUCACCAUCUACCGAAGCAACUAAAACAACGAAUGCUGGAAUAUUUCCAGACAACUUGGUCUGUCAAUAAUGGAAUUGAUGCUAAUGAGCUUUUGAAGGACUUUCCAGAUGAGCUGAGGUCAGACAUCACUAUGCAUUUGAACAAGGAAAUUCUGCAGCUAUCUCUGUUUGCCUCCGCCAGUCGUGGCUGCCUUAGGUCUCUCUCCCUGCAUAUCAAAACCUCUUUCUGUGCUCCAGGCGAGUAUCUCCUUCGGCAGGGAGAUGCACUGCAGGCAAUCUAUUUCGUCUGCUCAGGCUCCAUGGAAGUGCUUAAAGGUGCCAUGGUGUUGGCAAUACUGGGUAAAGGUGAUCUGAUUGGUGCAAAUCUUGCAGACAAAGAUCAGGUUAUCAAAACCAGUGCAGAUGUGAAAGCUCUAACCUACUGCGACCUGCAAUGUAUUAACCUGAAAGGCCUCUAUGAGGUGCUGGAGCUGUACCCAGAAUAUUCCCAAAAAUUCAAGGAAGACAUUUAUAACAAUCUCACUUAUAACCUCAGAGAGGGUCAUGAAGGUGAUGGGAUUUCAAGGUUGUCCCACAAACCCUGCAUAAUAUCCCAGUCAGAGUCCAAUGGAAAUGGCAGUCUAAAACAGAAACUUGCUUCCAUUGUUGAAGAUGAAGAAGAGGUUGAAGAAGUUGAUGAGACUACCCCAUUAUCACGUGUGUCUGCCAAUUUUACAUCCCAUAAUCGAUCGUCAAAUUAUAACAAGGCCAUGAAUGCAAGCAGUUCUCUUGGAAUUAAUCAGCCACUUAUCUCAGGCCCAAUAUACUUCCGAUCUCCCAUCAGGGGCUGCAAUGUUAUGAUCAGAAGCAGGCAUGAUAAUGAGUUAAUUAAUGCCAAGAAUGGAAAAGAUAAAAGUCUGAAGCUGCAUCUCUCAACACUGAAUGCAUCUGCUUCUCCUGAUCUCAGUCCAAGAAUUGUUGAUGGCAUUGAAGAUGAGAAAAGCUCAAAAAUGAGCCAAAGGUUUGAAUUCUGCAGUGAAAAUAUGGGACAAGAAUCAUUCAGACCACAAACAGCAAGAGAUUUUGAUCAAGUUACUCCUGCAAUGCUGGUGGCCAAAGCUGAAGAGACAAAACAGCAAAUCAAUAGACUAAAUGAUGAGAUGAAUAACCUAACUCAAGAAGUGUCCCAAUUAGGCAAAGACCUACACAGUGUCAUGCAUCUCUUGGAAGGGCUCUUGGCAGCACAAAACAACACACCUUUCUGGCCUGUUCAUGGUGCUCAGCUGACUUCCUCAUUGGACAACUUGAAAACAAGAAGAGAUUGGACAACACAUCAGCCUUGUUUUCACAUGCAGGGAGGAACAGCUUCUUGCACUGUAGCAAACCCAUCACAGAGCACAAGCAAGCCAGCCAGGUGGUCUUUGGAUGCAGGUGACCAAUGUUGCAAUACUCGAGGAACUGGAAUAACUUCACAUAGAACAAUAGAAACUGAUCAUCAUCGCACCAUGUGCUACUCUCCCCAGGGUGAUCACCUGCCACCUGUAAGGUGUAUAUCUCCACAUUCUGAUGCCACACUAACCCCUCUUCAGUCCAUUUCUGUUACCCUUUCAUCUUCAGCAAGUUCCUCUCCAGAAAGAUCCGACCCAUUGGUGUUUCCCUGUAAGUCGCAAGACAGCAGCAUCUCCAACCUGGGUCUGGUCAGUUCAUCAGACCUUGGAAAUUCACCAGAAUCCUGGGAACUCGAGGGGAGGAUCGGGGUCUCAUUAUCAAAUGUGGCAACUUCUCCUGCAGAGGUUGUGACAGGAAUACACAAAUAUAAGGAUGAGAGCGCCAUCGAUGUGCAAGAAUAA